GCAACAUGCUCCGAUCAUAUGUGGGCACCAACCAUCGAAAUUGGGACGGUCAUGUGGCUCAACUAGGAUUUGCUUUAAGAACGGCUACUCAUGAAUCCACGGGGUUUUCGCCAGCCUAUCUGAACUUUGGCAGGGAGCUAUCAGCAACUGGAGAUGGAUUCGAUAUUCUUCGCUGCGAGGAUUUGCCUGCAGUAGAAGACACAAACCAGUAUUGUGAGAAGCUCAAGGGUCUGCGGGAACUUUAUCAGGUAGUAUCGAGGAGAUUGGAAGAAUCCCAUCAACGUGGAGCACAUCGGUAUAACCUUAGACGAAGAGCAGUGGAAUUUAGGGUGAGGGACCUGGUCUUGAAGCGAAAUUUCGCUCAGUCAGAUGCGGCAAACUUUUUCUCUGCCAAGCUAACACCAAGGUAUGUUGGUCCUUACGUAGUGGCUGCAAGGCUAUCUCCAACAGUGUAUGCCUUAGAAGACCAGCAAGGUAAACGCAUUGGAAAUUGGCAUGUCUCGGAUUUGAAGAGCUAUCAGACCUAGUAAGAAAAUGUGGGACAUUUUCUUCGGGAAGAGGGGUAUUUGUAACGAUUCGCAAUCAUAGGCCUUAUCUGCACUCGGAAACGGGACUGAUCACCCCGUUUAGAAUUAAUCAGUUGCGGUGCGCGCCCGUAAUUGUCCGACACCGUAAGGUAAUGAUUAGCGAAAAUGGUCAGAUAUUGCCGCUCUCCACUUAACGGCGAAUCUAAAAAUCCGUAGAUUGACCCAGUAGCCAAGCUUGACCUAGAUGGCGCUAUUAUCAGCCGUGAUGUACGCAACAGUCGUUAACGAGCAAGGACCACGUUGUGAAGAAAAGUUGAAGUUCGAGGAUCAUCGUUUGCCACCCUCAGGUCUUCUCGUCGUCUUGUAAUUAUUUCGAGGAUUUUCUUGGACUCUGAGGGUUCUGGUCGACGACACAAGUUUGGCUGUGACGUGUUCCCUUGCAUCCCGGUCGGCCGGCAUCGUCUCUUCACACCUGGAUGGCCUUGACA